UGCCGAGUGACGAGAGGGGAGGUCGCAUCCGCUGAGGUCAGAUCCGGCUCCAUCGGUUUGGGGAGCGUACCAAGUGCUGGAAUGAACUGAAUAACUUUUUCCGUUGGGAGCAUUUUCCAGUUUAGAAAUUUCAGUAACGGUCAUAAAAUGUCGAGUGAAGCGCCACAUUCUGUUAAAUGGUGAGUCGGAAAAUGCAGCGGGCGCUGGUUGCUGUAGCUAACGUUAGCUACACGUUAGCUUGUUAGCUGCUCCUGUCCACACAACAAAAAACACACUGAGUGACACUGUCGGUAACCGCGCCGCGCCGCCUCUCUUCGUUUCCUUUUUGCGGUAUCUUCCCGACGAAUUGCGUUCCUUACACGGCAUCGCAGGUCUGCUUUUUUAGCGUUUAUUUACGCCUAUUGUUUGAUUUUCGGAACUCCGCCGUAGUUGCGGGGGUGAAGCCGGCAAGUCUGACCCUAUAGGCCGCCGCAGAGGCGUUCCGGCAUCCAGCUGAGCUGCUGUCCGAAGGAAUCACAGGAGGAUUUCUCUGUUUAGCAUUAUUAAAAUAAAACCGUAAUGGCUUCUUCGUCGGGAAACGACGACGAUCUCACGAUACCCCGGGCGGCCAUUAACAAAAUGAUCAAGGAAACUCUCCCAAACGUGCGGGUGGCCAACGAUGCCCGGGAACUCGUGGUGAAUUGUUGCACUGAGUUCAUUCACCUUAUCUCCUCUGAAGCGAACGAAAUCUGCAACAAGUCUGAGAAGAAAACCAUUUCCCCGGAGCAUGUUAUAAACGCACUUGAAAGCCUGGGCUUUGCAUCCUACAUCGCUGAAGUGAAGGAUGUCUUACAAGAGUGUAAAACGGUAGCACUUAAGCGAAGGAAGGCCAGCUCUCGUCUCGAAAACCUCGGUAUUCCUGAGGAAGAGCUGCUCAGACAGCAGCAAGAGCUAUUUGCCAAGGCCCGGCAGCAGCAGGCCGAGUUGGCUCAGCAGGAGUGGCUACAGAUGCAGCAGGCAGCCCAGCAGGCACAGCUGGCUGCAGCCUCAGCCAGUGCUGCCCAGCAGGCCGGCUCCUCUCAGGAAGAGGAUGAGGAUGACAUGUGACCUGGCCCCCAGGCUGCCCCACCCCUAGCCAACGAGGUCGUCGCCGCGGUCCGGGACCCCUGAGCCCAUGACUUGACCGGAGAGUCCGCCAGUGCCGGGACCUACCAUCUCUACCAUGUUUUUGUUUGUUUUUUUUUUGUCUUAGUCCAAACUGCCUUGUCCGCUUUAGCUCCGAGGGCUUUUCUGUUACUCUUUGUUCUUCCAGAGUUUCUCUCUGGUACCCCGCACCCCCCCCCCUUGUGGUUAACACCAGUUUUGAAAUUAUGGUCAGUUUUUCAUCCCUUUUCCCCACUACUUUAUAAAUACUUGGUGCAGUUUUUUGUUGAAUUGUCACGUUGAAGGAUGAUUCGACACUCAUUUUAAGACUAGAAGAUACUCUUGAAUGUUGGGUGAGUGCUUAGUGCGGGAGGACACUCGCCUUCCAACGUUGGGUGAGUGCUUAGUGCGGGAGGACACUCGCCUUCCAAUGUUGGGUGAGUGCUUAGUGCGGGAGGACACUCGCCUUCCAACGUUGGGUGAGUGCUUAGUGCGGGAGGACACUCGCCUUCCAAUGUUGCCCCUGUUCUCUCUCUCUUUUUUGCUUUAAAUUGUAUUAACUGGUGCAACAAGACAUUCUUAUUGAAAAGGGGGUGUUUUCCAGUUUUUUUCCCUUUUUGUAAAAAAAAAUAAAAAUAAAAUACAAUUAAAAUGUGACUUAUGUAUUUCCAAGUCAUCAUUGUAUAUGUAGGGUUUAGCUGCCCCUCUCAAUUCAGUAUUGCAGUAAUAAACCUAAAGAACGUAGGAAGUACACUUUGUAUUGCAGAACCAAAGAUAGCUGAGAAUUUAGUGACAGGAAGUUUCACAUGUGAAGGAGUGAAACUGUCAAGGUGCGUCGUCUGGGCCGAAGGCGGCCCGCUGUAUAGCCACAUGGAAGCGGAAUGUACGUUUCAUAUCGCAGAAGUGUUUGGGCAUAUCCUGUUUGAGGUGAUGUUAAGGCACGUGGAUAUGACCAGAAACGCCCAGAGACGACUUGCUGCAAUGCCUGUUCCCUGUUUCUUCACAAGCUGUACUCUGAGCAAUAAAGUUGAUGUUUUAUAACGUGGA